AUGUCUUCGAGGACAUAUGCCUUGGUCCUGCUCUGCCUUUUGGUCUUUUUUCAAGGAAGUAUCGCAGAUAAGGUAGCGGACACUAUCCAGGCAGCGGACACUCCCCAGGCAGCGGACACUACCCAGGCAGCGGACACUCCCCAGGCAGCGGACACUACCCGGGUAGCGGACACUACCCAGGCAGCGGACACUACCCAGCCAGCGGACACUACCCAGCCAGCGGACACUACCCAGCCAGCGGACAGCAGGGGAAACACCCAAUCAGCGGACACUACCCAAUCAGCGGACACUACCCAAGCAGCGGACACUACCCAGGCAGCGGACACUACCCAGGCAGCGGAAACUACCCAGGCAGCGGAAUCUACCAAGCCGGCGGAAACUUGUAAGAGUAUUACCGGAACUGCUGUCAACCUUACACUAUUUUCUGGAAUUUGGUGGGAGGUGGCUCGUCAGCCGGCAGGUUCUGACUUCUGUACUGAGGUGAACAUAACAGUGCUGUCAAAUAAAACGGAGAAUACUGUCCAGAUCGAUACUACGUAUGCCGAGUCACCUGAUUACCCAUGGGUGAAUCAAACCAUGUAUGCCAACCUCACCGUGGAUGACGAUACUGACUUCUCAUAUGGCCUAAACUUCUCAUAUUGGAAUUCUCCCAACGACACUUCCUUAACAACGUACAAAAUCGUUAAUAUUAGCUACGACAGCUAUGCCUUGAUCUGUGGCUAUAAAAAUCAGACAGAUAGUGCCACGUCUUUUGCCAUUCUCCUGUCUAGAGAUCGUGUUCUUACAACUGAUAAACUUGAUGAGUUGGAGAGCAACGCUCCCAAUAUUUCUAUCUUUAAAACCAUGUCAGCGAUUACUCAGGGAGAGACCUGCUAUGCCCCAUCAGGAGCCAGCUCUUCUGCCAUUAUCUCCAUGUUGCUGAUUGCCUUGGCCUUUGUUCUUGGAGUUUGUUCUGGCCGUCAAUCAAUUUAGUCAGCAACGAAGAAAACAAACGAUUUCACCUAUUAACCAGAUACGUAUCCUAUUAACCAAAUACGUAUCCUAUUAACCAGAUACGUAUCUUAACUUAAAUUUUAAUGUGUGUUGUGUACACUUUCAAUAUGUUUUAAAGUGUAUAUAACACAAAUUAAAAUUUAAGUUAAGAUACGUAUACAUAUAUAAAUUAAACAAAAAAAAAACUUCAAAUUCAUGUAUUAACAAAUAUUUAAACCUUUUCUAAGUUUGCGUAAGCAUAUUCUAAUACGUAAUACUUCGAAAUUCCCUAUAACCAAUUAUUAAAAAUGUUCUUUUUAGCACAA